AUGGCGUUUAUCAAUCGCGAGCCUAUUGCUAUUGUCGGCAUUGGAUGUCGUCUUCCCGGGGGCGCCACGAGCUCGAAGGAGUUUUGGGACGUACUGCGUGAAGGUAGAGACCUCGUCUCGGAAGUCCCGAGUGACCGAUUUGAUGCAAAUGCCUUGCAUGGCGAUGACCCGGCAAAAUAUGGUGCCAUUCGGAACAUCAAAGGGGGAUUCGUGGACAAAAUCCAAUCGUUCGAUGCCGAAUUCUUCGGUAUCUUCCCAAGCGAGGCAUCCAGGAUCGACCCGCAACAGCGACUCCUACUGGAGGCUAGCAUUCAUGCGCUGGAGGACUCUGGCACUACUUUGCAAGAGGUGGCUGGAUCACAGACAAGUGUCUUUGUUGGGAUGUUCGCCAACGACUACCUUUCCAUGCAAGGAGGAACAGAGCAGCGAGACAAUGUUGGCCCCCAUGCAGGAAUGGGCACUCAUGACUGCUCAAUCGCUAACCGGGUCUCGCAUCGGUUGGAUUUACGGGGCCCAAGCCUCACUCUCAAUACCGCCUGUUCGAGCAGCUUGGUUGCAUUACAUUUAGCCUGCCAAAGCCUUUGGGCGCAGGAGAGUGAGGCUGCUCUCGUUGGUGGAGUUAAUGCCAUUCUCCGCCCUGAGUCUACGAUUUUGAUGUCCAAGGCGGGUUUCCUUUCUCCAGAUGGCGCUUGUAAAUCAUUCGACGCGGCAGGAAAUGGCUAUGUUCGUAGUGAAGGCGUGGGAAUGGUCUUCUUGAAGCCUCUCAGUCGCGCGAUCCAAAACAAGGACAGAAUCUAUGCCUUGGUCCGCAGCUCUCUUGUGAAUCAAGACGGAUACACACCAGAGGGGUUCACCGUUCCCAGCUUGACAGCUCAGACGGCAUUACUACAUUCGAUCUACAAACAGUCCAACACAGACCCAGCCAAAGUCCGUUAUGUCGAGGCCCAUGGGCCAGGAACCCGAGUCGGGGAUCCCAUCGAAGCAAGUGCCCUUGGAAAGCAGAUCGGACAGGCACGAUCUAAAGAUGAGCAUCCUCUUUGGAUAGGAUCACUCAAGGGUAAUCUCGGUCACCUCGAGGGUGCUGCUGGAAUUGCCGGCUUCAUUAAGGCUGUACUGGUCACCUUUCACAGAGAAAUCCCCCCACAGGUCCAUUUCACGAAUCUUAAUCCCGCAAUUGACUUCCAGUCACUUCAGGUUGCAAUGGGCAACACAAGCUAUGGGUUGGGGUCAACUCGUUUGGGGCUGGGGGGGACCAACGCGCAUGCUAUCCUCGAAGAAGCACCAGAUAAUAUCGGUAGCUCCUCUUCUCCAGCCAGUCAUGAGCCACGUGUUUACGUGCUUUCUGCAAGGUCUCUAUCUGCCAUGGAGCAGGUUGCUCGAGAGCUUGCCUCUUACCUACGACUCCAAAAGACCGCUCUAAAUGAUGUCGCAUACACUCUCAACAUGCGACGGAGUACUCACAACAAAAUAUCAGUCAUUGCGGCUGAAGGCCUUAAGGACUUGUGCUCUAGACUUGACCAGCUAAGCUCUGGGCAAGUAAGUAAGCAAGUUUUGACGCUCCAGAGACGACCGGGAAGUUCUACAAAAACAGCCUUCUUAUUUUCCGGUCAAGGCGGCCAAUGGCUCGGGAUGGGGAUGGCCCUUGUAGAUCAGGAAGUUACGUUCCGCGAGUCCUUGGCUGCAUUUGAUGAGAUAUUUAUUGCACUGGGAGGGUUUUCGAUCCGCACGGAGAUGUCAUCAUGCGGGGGCGACCUAGAAAGAAUGAACAAAACCACAAUCGUUCAGCCAGCCAUCGCAGCCAUUCAGAUUGCAUUGGCGAGAAUGUUAUUGUCUUAUGGACUCAAGCCAGACGCCAUCGUGGGCCACUCCAUUGGUGAAGUUGCUGCUGCACAUAUUGCUGGUGCACUGAGUCUAGAGGAAGCUGUCAAAGUAAUUUAUGUUCGAUCACAGAUCCAGAACAAGGCAGCAGGCACAGGAAGUAUGCUAGCAGCCGGGAUAACAUCGAAGAUGGCAGAGCAACUUCUUCAGCGGCAUCAUUUGGGAGGAGUUGUGGAGAUUGCAGCUCACAACGGCACUGAAAUGACGACCUUGACUGGGCCUACGGCGGAACUGGAGCAAAUUAGCAGUAUUCUCGAGGCUCAGGGAAGCUUUGCUCGAUUCGUCAAAGUGAACGUACCCUACCACAGCCGCUUCAUGGAUCCUCUGGAAAACGAACUCGUUGCCGCCCUAUCGUGUAUUCAAGGGAACCCGACCAAGACCAACUUGUACUCCACUGUCACCACGCUGAUUGAGCCCGGCACCCACCUUUCGGGUGACUACUGGUUCCAGAAUGUGCGUAGGCCAGUGCUGUUUCGGGAGACCAUGGAAAGAAUGUUAGAAGACGGUUACGAUUUCCUAGUAGAGAUUGGGCCACACCCUGUCUUGGUCUCUGGAACCCGUGGCAUUGCUGAAUAUGCCAAGCGAUCCGUUCACAUCUUGCCAGCGAUGAUCAGGGGAAGUGAAAUUGACCCUGUCUCAUGUGUCAUCGGAGCGGCACACGCGACCCGCGUUCAUGUGGACAUUGAGUCCUUCAAUGGUGGCGGGGGCCGGUUUGUUGAUCUCCCAUUAUACCCUUUUCAACGCCAGGAUUACUGGUUCGAGAACCCGGAGGCUCAGCAACGCCGGCUUGGUCAAAACAAGCAUCCGUUCCUUGGAAGCGUUCUUCGUCUGACUGACGCAAGUCGUGGUGCGGUACGACUCAGGUUGAGCACAGGCGUGUCUCCCUUUCUCGCCGAUCAUGUUAUAAAUGGGGCGGUUGUAUUUCCUAUGACAGGACAUGUGGAGUCCGCAUACUUGGCUGCCCGGGAGCACCUGCCACAUAUGAGAAUCUGGCUGGAAGACUUGAGACUUGAGCGUCCUGUGAUCCUGGCAUCUGCAGAAGAUUUCGCUCCGCAAGUGUUGCUGGAAAUUACAUCUGCUGCGAAUGACUUUGUGAUAAGUUCGCGUCCCGCAGGCUCGACCCCCGAGGUACCAUGGCAGGUUUGUUCUCGUGGACGGAUUAACGCGUUUGGCGAGCGACCGGGUGCUGUUACAGAGGCAUUGGAAAGUGUAAGGUCUCGAGUGCAGACCGGGGUGGAAGUUGAUCCUGAAAACUUUUACUCCAAACUGGAGGAGUCAGGUCUUCGGUAUGGAGAGGCUUUCAGAGGAGCCCAAAAGAUAUGGCGGCUAGGGGACGAGAUUUUCUCACAUAUUAAGCUCCCCAGUUCUUUGCGUGCGGAUGCGGCACGUUUCGUAUUUCACCCGGCGCUCUUGGAUACUGCCAUACAUAUGAUUUUCGUUGAUAAGGGCCAGCACGGUGAUUUGCGGUAUGUCAACCUCCCUUCCCACCUUGAACAGAUCGAGAUAUUCGAGGCAGCGGAGAGUAUCACAUCCGCAUUUGUGCAUACCCAUAUCACGCUCCAUGAUGAUACUUUCCUGCGCUGCAAUACAUCUGUGUAUAGCGAAAGUGGUAAAAUCCUUGUCGUGGUAACUGGAUUAACAACAAAACGCAUUCCGGGUGAGCAUGUGCCGCGGCUCCUGGAACACGAAGUAUGUUUCCAACCGGAGGCUCAGGACGGGCUGAGUAAACUACAGGCGGAUUUCGACAACGUGGUGAUUCUUGAACCAGAGAGAGGUGAUAUUGACUGGCAAUGUACCAUCCAGAGAACGUUUCCUUGCGCCCAGUUGCAUCAGAAGACUCUGGACGAAGUUGACGAAACAUGGAAACCGACAGAAUGGCCGUUCCUAUGGGACGCUCGUUUACUUGUCAUGAUUCCGGCGUUCAUUUCUGGUUCAUACUGCCGGGAGUUUCACCACACAGUGGAGGCCGUCAUGAAAGUGCUUCUUCGCGUCGCCACAUGGCUCCAUGAGAACCAAGGGGUUCCCACGCUUGUGAUUGUGACCAAAGGCAGCUGCAUGACGCCAGAAGAUUCACAAUGUGAUCCCAUUUCCUCUGCUGUACAAGCAGCUGCCCGAGUAAUGGCAAACGAGCUGCCCCGAGCCCGUAUCCGCUGUGUGGAUCUUGCACUAGACGAACAUCGCCAGAAUAUCCCAUUACUAGAAGAAGAGUUACGAACGAAUCGGGUCGGUCAUACCGAGAGUGUUGUGGCGAUACGACCCGAAGGUCGAUUCUUCAAACGAAUCGUGGCAGUGGAUCCUGGAGAGGAGGAGAAACGGGUAGAAAAGCGUCUGCCUGCAAGAGGGGGGGCAUAUUUUUCUGAUCCCGGUGCCAACGGGACCGUCGACAAUGUCAUUCUACGGCAGAAAGUUGAAGAGGAUUUGAGACCAGAUGAUGUGAGUAUUGAAGUGCACGCAGUUGGGCUAAAAGUCAGAGAUACAAUGGAUGUUUUCAGCGUGCCGAGUGAGCAAUCGAUCUCUGGAAGCCUUGCAAGUCAAAAUAUGGGAGCCGAGGUUGCCGGCCGAGUUGUGGCGAUUGGUAAGAAUGUGCAAGACAUUAGAAUUGGCACUCCGGUCAUGGCUCGAGUGCCAGAAGGCCUUGCAGGGCUCGCAACUGUCCACCGUGGCCUGCUAGCGGUUAUCCCUCCCUCGUUGACAUUCCCCGAGGCGGCCUGUGUCCCAGUAGCAUUCACAACAGCGUAUUAUGCCUUGGCAUACCUUGGCAGACUGGAGUCUGGAGAACGGCUUCUCAUCCAUUCAGCAGCUAGUGGGGUGGGUAUCGCGGCAAUUCAGGUGGCCAAGCACCUGGGUGCUCGUGUGUAUGCAGCAGCCGAAACCCCUGCCCGUCGCGCGUGGGUGUUACAGAUGGGAGUGGAAGCCGUAUUCGACUCAACUUCGACAUCAUUUCACGAUCAGCUCAAGGCGGCAACCGGAGACAAAGACAUGGACGUGGUGCUUUAUUCACCUUCUGGUACCAUGUUAUCGCAGUCGGUCGCAUGUCUUGCUCCAUUCGGCCGGUUUCUGGCGAUUGGAAAGACGGAUAUCUACCGGAAUAUGAGGCUCGGCCUGGAGCAAUUCGCCCAGAAUGGUUCGUUCUUUGCUGUUGACGUCGAUAGACUGGCAAUCAAAAAGCCAUAUUUACAUUAUCGAAUGCUCAAUGAAGUUUGUGCCCUGUUUGAAAACGGCCAGCUGGUCCCACUGCCGGUCACCAUAUACCCCAUCACGGAGAUGUCCACGGCUAUGAAGGCAGUUUCCCGGUCUGCGGUAAUUGGAAACAUUGUCUUGGAAUUACCAGACAACACUGAAGUUGCUACAGCACCACCAACUCAGCUAAAGCUCCGAGGGGAUCGAACUUAUAUCAUCACCGGCGGUGCAAGUGGGCUAGGUCUACAGUUCGCCAGGCUCCUGGUCAAUCGAGGAGCUCGUCAUCUCGUGCUUGCCAGUCGCUCAGGGCCAAAGUCCGAAGAAGAUCAUGCGAAUAUUUUAGAUCUGCGGCGUCACGGAGCCAACGUGAGGGUUGCGCAAACAGAUAUUAGUAGCCUUGAGGCUGUAAUGUCGCUCUUCAGUCAUCGAUCGGACUGGCCCCCUAUCGUAGGGGUGAUUCACUGUGCAGGCAUCUUGGGAGAUAUAUAUGCCCAUGAGACAACGAUGGAUGAUUUCUGGCAUGUGUUCAAGCCCAAGGCAUUGGGUUCAUGGAAUCUGCAUCUAGCUACCCAGGACAUGAAACUGGAUUUCUUUGUUAUGGCUUCAUCUAUCGCAAGUAUUGUCGGGCUUACAGCACAAUUCGCCUACGCUGCUGCGAACCAGUACCUAGAUGGACUGGCACAUUACCGUCAGGCAGCUGGCUUGCCCGGGUUCUCUCUCAAUCUUGGCUUGCUAGGAUACUUUGCGGGCAUGUCUGAGAAAUCGACUUACAACGACAAGCUCCACGAAAUCCUACAAUCGCUAGGAUUAGUGACCACGUGUCUUCCAGCAGUUCUAUCCGCCUUUGAGCGUGGCAUCCUUCAUGGUACUACACAACGACUGGCUCUUAAUCUCGAUUGGCCUAUGUUCCUCACAGCGUAUCCCCAUCUGAUUCGAGAUGGUGCUUUCAUGGGGCUGAAGAAUGAGCAAGCCAAGUUAGGCAGUUCAGGGUCCACCCGAUCAAUCUUCAAUAUAUCUGGUCUAGAGCGAGUGACCAUGAUUGCCGAUACAUUAUGCUCUGGACUGGCCAAAAUCAUUGGUGUCGAGCCGUGCCGGAUUUCCCUCACGGAGAAAAUCAGCCAAUACGCACAUGACUCCCUUACUCUCACACAACUGCGAGGCGUGAUUUUGCGUGAACUUCGAGUUACAUACCCUCUCAUGAGGCUCUUCGAAGCGCCCAGUCUCCAGGAAAUUGCAGUGGAACUCAACAGCUCAUUUCAAACCGACCAUGCUGAAGGUGGGAACGGUACUGAUGCUGCCAACCACAUAUCUGAACAAAUGCCCUCUGCGGGACUAUCAGUAUUGUCAAAAUGGUUCAUUGGCGGCAAAAUAGCCAAUGACUCUUCCCCUCGCCUUGUGUGUUUCCACUCAAUGGGCGCUUCAGCCUCUCUCUUCGCUCCGUUUUUGGUGGAUCCACCGCAUGGACUGACCGCAAUUGCAGUGCAGCUGCCAGGUCGAGAGAAUCGAUCCGAGGAAGCGAUUUUAACCAACAUGUCUGAAGUUGUUUCCGGCAUCCUUGGCGAGAUGGAAGAAGUAGUGGGUGCUCCACAGGCUUUUUGGGGCCACUCCUUUGGAGGAAUUAUUGCUUUUGAAGUGCUCAGAGCCCUCAGACGACAAGGGAAACCUCUUCCACGCCUUCUUAUAACCGGCACCAUAGCGCCCAAUCUCAUCAAAAUUUGGCAGAAGCGAGAUGUGAUAGUCCAGGUCAUUACCCAGGACUUCAGCCCCGAGUAUACGUUGGCUAUCUCUCGUUAUAUUGAUGAUGUCGAAUUUCUUCGCUCAAUAUUACCGGCGAUGAGGCGGGAUACACCAUUGCUUCUUAACUACCGUUUCACCGAAGAGGAUUCACUAGAUAUACCGAUCACUGCUUUUGCCGCACGCCAGGAUGAAGUGGUGUACCCGAACGAAGUUGCUGCUUGGAGCACACAAGCGAAAGAGUUCAAUCUUGUUGAGGUGGAUGGAGAUCAUUGGUUCUUGCAUAGGAACCGAAAUAUAUUGCGAGAGACAUUGGCCGGGUGGGUGAAUUAG